AUGCGGGCGAUCUCGUCGGCGGCGGGAGGCAUGCUGCGGGCGCGUCUGCGCGCGGCGGCGCGCGUCCGCGGCGGGCACGGCGACGGCGCGGGGCGGUGGACGACGCCGGGGCACGAGGUGCGGCCCAAGGGGUACCCGAUGAACCGCACGCCGCCGCCGCCGGGGGAGUCGCGCAAGUGGGAGGACUGGGAGCUGCCCUGCUACCUCACCUCCUUCCUCACCGUCGUCAUCCUCGGCGUCGGGCUCAACGCCAAGCCCGAUCUCACCAUCGAGACCUGGGCGCACCAGAGGGCGCUCGAGCGCCUCCAGCAGCAGGAGCUCGCCGCGUCCGCGUCCGCCGACGCCCUCGCCGAGUGAUCCGCGCGCGCCACGGACAGGUCUCCUCGAAUCCAUCCUAGGUUGCUUCUGUUUUGCUUCCAAUAAGAAUGAUUGAGAUGUGUACGAAUCUGAUAUGGAUGCAAGAUGCGGGUUAAGCACUGUAAUUUUAUUUUCCCUUUCGUUGUGAAAUUUAUCUGAUGAUGGCGAAUGCCCUAUCAUUUUGAAAUGCUUUGUGAUGCCUAGGCAUUUUGUUAUGCUUGGGCUUUAUAUUUUCUUCCUCA